AUGGCGCCUGUUACAGUUGAUCGUGUGAAGCGCAAGGCUUCAGAAGAAGCAAGUACUCCGGACUCGAAAGCGAACAUCAAGAAAGCCAGGACUGAAUCUCCAGAGACACGGGAACAGGAAGAGGAAGACACCGAGAAAGUUAAGCUGGUUCCAUAUGCGGAGAAGCCUGCCGUGUUAGAAGAACGAGAAGGGAAAAUUGAAUUCCGCGUUGUCAACAAUGACUCCUCUCGAGAGAGCUUUAUUAUUCUCACCGGCCUCAAAUGCAUAUUUCAGAAGCAGCUUCCCAAGAUGCCGAAGGACUACAUAGCCCGGCUUGUCUACGACCGAACACAUCUGUCUAUAGCUAUUGUGAAGCAUCCCUUAGAGGUUGUCGGGUGGGUACACCCAGCAUUGAAUAACUUUGGCUUUGCUAAUUAUUUGUUUGAAAGUGGGAUUACAUACCGGCCGUUCCAUGGACGGAAAUUUGCUGAGAUUGUAUUCUGUGCUAUUUCCUCAGACCAACAGGUAAAGGGGUAUGGAGCACAUCUCAUGUCUCAUCUGAAAGAUUACGUUAAAGCAACCUCCGACGUAAUGCACUUCUUGACAUAUGCGGAUAACUACGCCAUCGGAUAUUUUAAGAAACAGGGUUUUACAAAAGAGAUCAGCCUUGAGAAGUCUAUCUGGAUGGGAUAUAUAAAAGAUUACGAAGGAGGUACUAUCAUGCAGUGCUCUAUGCUCCCAAAAAUACGUUAUUUGGAGGCCGGUCGAAUGGUCCUUAAGCAGAAAGAAGCCGUGUACGCCAAAAUCCGCGCCUUUAGCAAAUCACACAUCGUUCACCAGCCACCAAAGGAGUGGAGGAAUGGGGUGGUCGAAAUUGACCCGUUGAGUAUUCCUGCCAUCAAGGAAUCCGGAUGGUCUCCUGAUAUGGAUGAGCUAGCUCGCCAACCAAGACAUGGGCCUAAUUACAACCAACUCCUCCAUCUCCUUAACGACAUGCAAAACCACAGUGCGGCGUGGCCCUUUGCCCAGCCUGUGAACCGGGAUGAAGUCCCUGAUUACUAUGAAGUUAUAACAGAGCCAAUGGACCUUUCGACAAUGGAAGAGAAACACGAAAAGGACAUGUAUCCAACCCCACAGGACUUUAUCAAGGAUGCAAAAUUAAUAUUCGAUAACUGCCGGAAAUACAACAAUGAGAGUACGCCCUAUGCGAAGAGUGCAAAUAAACUGGAGAAAUUUAUGUGGCAGCAGAUCAGAAAUAUCCCAGAGUGGUCGCACCUGGCUGAUUGA